AUGUCUGAGCUCAAGUCGAUUCUAAAGAAAAAGCAAAAGUCGUUUAAAAAACACUUUUUCAAAAAAGAGCCAACCAUAGACUCUGAAUCUUACCAGCAAAGAAUUGUUCGCUUUAAUGAAAUCAACCUUGUCACCGUAACCUUCUUCCCCAGCGAGGUUCCCCCACUCUGCUGGGAGCCCGAUUACAAGGGGACUGAAGAUGACGAGUAUCUGGACGAGUUUAUCACAUAUGAGGAUCUCCGAGGUCGUGCUAUUAUCCGUUACAAUACUAGGCAUAAUAGAAAAAAUCUGGGAAGAGGCAGUAUUGCAGAGUCCAUCAUCUUCCACUCUACAAUGAAGCUCAAUGCUGGAAAGUUUUCCUUAUUGCAUCCCAUUAAGUCGUUUCGACAAAAAUGGUCAAGACGCCAUUUAUUUGAUUAA